GGAUGUUGUUGUUAGCUGCAGCGGUGGAAGAGAAAAUGCAGUAGCCCCACACACAUUUGGAUGUUAUAAAGUAAUGGGCUGAUUUCCACUUGUGUUCAAGAUGGCGAAAAAUAGAAAGUGCAUCCUCUGUGAAACAGUCCACGGCUCCAAGCAGGAGAUGGAUGAGCACAUGAGGAGUAUGCUGCACCACCGUGAACUGGAGAAGCUCAAAGGCCGGGACUGCGGCCACGAGUGCAGAGUGUGCAAGGUAACUGUGGUGAGCCUGACCGAUUAUGCCAGCCACAUUUCCAGUGCCACGCACAAGCAGAAUGUGGAGGCCGCAGAACAAAAGCCUGCGAGGAACGACCGAGACGAGGACUACUUCGACCAGGCUUUGGUGGACCUGAUCGAGAAGAGAAAAGAACAAAUCAGAAAAGAAAAGGAGGCAGCUGCUGCAAAGCUGGCAAAAGAAGAAGAGGAACGAAGGAGAAAGGAAGAGUUUCAGCAGAGGUUAAAGGACGCUAAGGAGCGUUACCGGCUGGAGUGUGCUUGGAAGCAGCAAUCGCAGGGGUUCAGUGGAUCCAGUCACCACAGAAGUUGGUACAGGAGCAACCAAUAUAAUGCCAACGCAGCGGAGGCACAACCCUGGCAGCACAGCAGACAGGGAAAGAGCGCCACCUGGCAUGCUCAGGAGCCUCCCAACUUCCAGAAUUGGGGAUCUGGAGAGUUUUCUGGUGGAAACUUUAAUAGCCAGGGAGGUUUUGGCAACAGGCAGUGGGAUCAGGGUUCAUUUUCUGGCAGUCAACGAAAUCGACUGCCUUGGCUCAGCAACGGAGGCAGCAGUAACGGGGUCUAUGGUCGAAACAAUAUUUCCCAGAACCUACAAAGGAGCCGGCCCCUGAGCAUUCUGGGGCCUUGUCCUGGGUAUCCUCCUCCACCCAAUGUUUUUUCCAGGGCUCUUAACCAAUUUCAAAAUUCAGGCAAUGAUCAGGGAGGUCAGCAGGGUGAUGGGCUUCAGAAUGGGGAGGGACAAACCCCAGAACCUGACCACAACAGCAGUAAGAGCUCUAAGAACUUUGGUAGCAAUCCAAAGUUGGACAAAGCCUGCCGCUGGUCUCCAUAUCCUGUCACAAAGGGUUUUGAUUCUGUUCCCCAUAAGGAUACCAACACAAACUCAUCAGAUAAGUUCCAAAAGGUCCCCAAACUUCAGAAACAAGACAAGGCACAGGAAACCGCUGCUUUUAGCAGGCAGUCCCGACCUGAACAGAAACCAGGGCAGCUAACCUCUAGUGGACAAAGUGUGGAGGACAAAGGGAGACAUAAAUCAAGCUCCAAAACUAAACCCAGAGAGAGGAGCAGCAGCGGCAACAGAAGCAGCAGUACACAUAGAGAUGGCCCCCAGAACGCUGCAUCUGGUCCCUCCAAUCAAAAGACAAACAGGCCAUUGGUCCACAAAGACUGGAAGACGUCCUCAGUUCCUGGUGUCAGCAGUGGAGCACAACCCAGCAAGGCCUCCAGUCAGGCGCAUUCACAAUCAAAAUCAACCCCAAAGCAGAAUGGAUUCAGUUCCCAGGCUCCAGCUUUUGGACCACUUCAAUCGCGGCAGGAACGGGAGCUCCCUGAAACGUUAAAGAAAGCCCGACAGAUUGUGUUAGAAAAGAGGGGCUCUUUGGAUAGCUCGAGAAACAACAGGAUGGAAAUGACACUGCACAUUUCGGAGGAGAAACAGAAGGAUCACAUACAGGGUCAGAUUGGAGUGAACAAAGAAAACAGGCAGAAUGCAGCUAAAUCAAACCUACCUGACUCAGUCAGACCAGAAAAGCCCACGCUACAGUCUUCAGACAGCAGCCAGUUUCUUCAAUCGUUGCAAGUCAGCACCUCUACGAUGGAGAGCUCAGAGCCUGCAGCUUCAAGCCUGGAAGAUGAGGAGAGCAAGAAGAAGGCGGAGAAGGAGACAUUUCCAGUGGCCCCGGAGGAAGCCAUGCAGGCUGCUGAAGCCGGGCAGAGCUCUGAGAGUGACACCUCCAGAAGUAGCGAUGCUCAGGCGGCCUCAGGCUCAAACACGCCGGUUCUUUCCAAACUUGACCUGCCUCCAGUGUUGAAACGUGACCUCACCAAACACAUCAGCUCCAAGAGCAAAACUGGUGGCCACGAGCCCAACCUCAACAUUGCCAGACGGGUGCGAAACCUGAGCGAGUCGCGGAGAAGUGACACUGAAAAAGACUCGGGGCUCAAACCGACCGUGCGUCAGCUGAUCAGCUCCUCUGGGUCUCGACGCAAUGUGAACUGGGAACAGGUGUACCAGGAGGUCAGGAAGAAGCAAGACAAAGGGAAAGGCAUGCCAAGGUUUGGGAUAGAGAUGGUGCCGAUGGAUCAGGAGGACCAGAGCCAGGAGGAAGACGACAUUCCCCUGCUGGAGGGUUUCCAGUGGGAGUCGUUGAUGGACACUCCCGCCUCCCGAAAACGGUCGUUAUCGGAGAGCAGCAUCGCCCCCACAUCCUCUCACUCCCUGUUUACAUCCCACGUGUCAAAGGAGACGGCACAAAGAGAAGCCCUCAGCUCGGAGCAGCAGGGACCCGCCAGCUCUCCCAGCCCCAUGGCCGCUCAAGGGAACAAAGACAAUCAGCAAGAGGUGGAGCAGAUGCAUGGCCAGCUUGAGGCUAAAGCCCAGAAGCAGCCAGAGAAGCUAACGUCUGCGACAGUGAAGACCCUGCAGCGGUCUGACUCGGUGCUCGGGGACAGCAGUUCGGGGACGGAGCUGUGCGACGGCCAGGGGACAGGAAAGAGGCGAAGAGCAGCUGGGGAUAUUCCAAGUGCAGAGACGUCCUGCUUGGAGCACAAUAACAAAAGGAGGAAAGUGAAAUCCAAAAAAGAGCGUCUACAGAUCGACCAGCUGCUGGCUGUGUCUCUGCGAGAGGAAGAGCUGAGUCGCUCCCUGCAGACUGUGGACACCAGCCUGAUCCAGGCCCGCGCCGCGCUGGAGGCCGCAUACAUGGAGGUGCAGCGUCUCAUGGUGGUUAAACAGCAGAUGACUGGAGAGAUGAGCUCACUGAGAAACAAGCGCAUCGACUUACUAAAAGGGAUGCAAGGUAGUUUGGAGGAAGCACCUCUGGUUAAACUAAAAGAAGAAAAGAUGGAUUCAUUGGAAGCUGAACCUCACAUACCAUCCUCCGUUCUGCCUCCCUCUGUUACGGAUGCUCCUCCUGCUGCUCCUCUCAGUCCCAGUCCUCCUGUGGAGCGCGCCUCCCCUCCCUCCUCCAGCCUUCCCUUCAUGCCUGUAGUUAUCAAGCAGGAGCCUCAGUCUCCGGUCCAUGUCAGCUCAGAGCCGGACCCUGUGGACAUCGUAACCCUCUGUGCUCACAGCACGACCCCAGAGCUGCCUGACGCUUCUGCAGCAGCCUCUCCGCCAGAUGCUGCCCUUCAUGUCCAGCCAUCUCCUGAAAGAAACCCAGAGCCGUACCAGUCUAACACAGAACACAGCUGGGAAAACUUUAAGGAGCCUGCAGACUGCAAAGAGAGCCUGUCAGGACUGGUUGAGACAAUGGAAAAGGAAAUCCAGGCAACAAGGAGCGCUCUCACCUCUUCACCUGACUCCAAAUCUUCCAUUAAGCUUCUCUCCGGCAGCAGGAGGGGCUCUGAGGUGGGGAGUGUUGUGGACUCUCAUCACUUUGAGACCCCAGCCGUCCCCUCAGUCCUCAACAUGCCCGCUUCUCCGUCUGACCGCGGGAAGCGCGUGAGGAAGCUGAAGAAGAGGAAAGUGUUGAAGAAAGCUCAAGGGGUGGAGCAGCCUGAGAGCAGCGACACCGAGAUCGACGGAGAGACCUUGAGGCCGAGGUGGCUUCGACCGCGCAGGAGACCCAGUGGAAGCUCUCAGGUCAGCACCUCCACGCUGCCCUCCGAGGACAGAGAGGGUGACAUGAACAUGGAGGCUGUAGAGGAGGCUUCAAAACUGCUGUUUCCAACCGUACAACUUGAGAAAGAAGACCCCAAGUCCCCCAAACACAUGGUGGAGCUUCCCCAGGUGGCCCCCGCUGAACUUAUGGUGGAUUCAGAAGAAAGCAUGGAGGUCACCGCAGCCUGUCAGCAGCCACACACAGACACACUGGCUCCAGUUUCUCCUCCGGCCCCGGUCCCAGACUCCUCCAGGCCUGAGCCGCAGAGCCUGGCCUGCAACGAGGUCACUUCUACCAGUGACAUGGAGGUGUGCAGAUCCUCCGAGAGUGACAUGCCGUUUCCCAUCACGUAUCCCAAGACAACAAAGACCUCUUCAGAUGUGUCAUCUGACCACGGUGAGGACGAUUUGCCCACCGAUGGUGUGUUCGAAGGCCACCAGGAGGCGGUGAACGCCAUGCAGAUCUACAAUGGGCUGCUCUACACGUGCUCAGGAGACCGGACCGUCAGAGCCUUCGACCUGGUGAGUCAUAAAUGUGUCGGGGUGUUUGAGGGUCACAGCUCCAAAGUGAGCUGCCUGUUGGUGUCCGCGGCUCCCAGUCUGCAUCAUCGCCUUUAUUCUGGUUCCAGUGACCAGACCAUCUGCUGCUACAGCCUCAAGACACGAGAGCUGGAGCAGCAGUUCUCUCUGUCAGACCGAGUCCUCUGCCUCCACAGUCGGUGGAAGAUUUUAUACGCCGGUCUGGCAAACGGCACAGUGGUGACCUUUAACCUCAAGACAAACAAGCAGAUGGAUGUGUUUGAGUGCCACGGGCCGCGGGCCGUGAGCUGUCUGGCCUCGUCGCAGGAGGGAGCCCGCAGGAUCCUGCUGGUCGGCUCCUACGACAGCACCAUCAGCGUGAGAGACGCCAAGAGCGGCCUGCUGCUGCGCACUCUGGAGGGACACACCAAGACUGUGCUCUGCAUGAAGGUGGUCAAUGACCUGGUGUUCAGUGGAUCCAGUGAUCAAUGUGUCUACGCUCACAACAUCCAUACAGGAGAGCUGGUGCGGGUCUAUAAGGGCCACAGUCACGCUGUCACCGUUGUGUCCGUCCUGGGGAAGGUGAUGGUGACUGCUUGUCUGGACAAACUGGUGCGCGUCUACGAUCUACAGUCUCAUGACCAGCUGCAGAUUUAUGCUGGACACAAGGACAUGGUGAUGUGUAUGGCUAUCCACAAGAACAUGAUCUACACGGGUUGUUAUGACGGCAGCGUGCAGGCCGUCAAGCUGAACCUGAUGCAGAACUACCGCUGCUGGUGGCACGGCUGUUCGCUGGUGUUCGGGAUGAUGGAGCACCUGCAGCAGCACCUGAUCAACGACCACACCAGCACCAACUCCCAGACGUUAAAGUGCCGCUGGAAAAACUGUGAAGAGUUUUUCUGUGCACGCAACAGCUCCAAGCAGGGGAUGCUGGUGCACAUGCAGAAACAUGCUGAGGAGGGGACUGAACUGGAGCCUUAAGGGCUGCUGGUGGGAACAUGGUUUCUCCCGGAGCCCUCCUCCCUCCCCUGCCAUCUCUACCCCCUCUCCCCCCUCGUUAACCUCCCAUAUUGGGGGGGAUGUUCUUGGGACCCACGUUUGUUCGCAGCGCUCCUGUCGAGCCUGGCGAGUGGCGUCCGACGACUCCAUCCUUUAUGUUCGGUGUUGGAAUCCAACCAUAAUACAAUCAUGAAAGGAGGGUUGGUUGUGCUGUUGUUGUUUUCUUUUUUUACGUUAAAACACGCCUUCCUCUCUCUCUCUCUCUGUCUGACCACUGCAGCUCUACUUCUCACUGACCAAAGUAAGACAAAGAAUCACGUGACUUUUGUUUUAUUGAAGAAACUCUAGCGUUGCCGGUAUCAGAGAACUUGUGCCGCUUUUCUGUUGAAACUGCAACAAAAACCAGUAAUCGUCUUCCGGAUCGGUUGGCUACACUAUGGCAUGGGCUAAGAGAUGUUUUUAUUGUUGUAGUGCAGUUGUGAUGUGUCAUGUU